CAAAGCGGAAGGAAUAUUUUUAAGUUAGGACAUUGCCUUCGAGAAAGCUCGCAAAAGUAGCGCAGAGCAAAUUCUCCGCUAGUCGCAGCUCUUUCUACUUCCAAAAAUGGCGUCUGGCGGCGUAGGAGGAGGGGUGGUAGAAUGGCACCUAAGGCCACAAGUACCAAAAAAUCCAGUUGUGUUUUUCGACGUAACAAUCGGCAACAUCCCUGCUGGUCGCAUCAAGAUGGAGCUCUUCGCCGAUAUUACUCCCAAAACUGCUGAGAAUUUCAGGCAACUGUGCACGGGAGAAUUUAGGAAAGCAGGAGUACCACAAGGCUUCAAGAAUUGUCAGUUCCAUAGGGUGAUUAAGGACUUCAUGAUCCAAGGUGGUGAUUUCCUAAAGGGAGAUGGUAGUGGAUGUGUUUCCAUAUAUGGAAGCAAGUUUGAGGAUGAAAACUUUAUCGCCAAGCACACUGGCCCUGGCCUAUUAUCAAUGGCAAAUAGCGGACCAAACACUAAUGGAUGUCAGUUUUUUGUCUCAUGUGCAAAGUCUGAGUGGCUCGACAACAAGCAUGUUGUUUUUGGGCGUGUUGUUGGAGAUGGUCUUUUAGUGGUCAGGAAGAUUGAGAAUGUGGCUGUUGGAGCAAACAACAAACCAAAGCUGGCAUGCGUGAUUGCUGAAUGUGGAGAGAUGUAACUAGUGAAAAUAAAUGUACACCUAGUGAUUUGAAAACACCCAUCUGUACCUGGUUAUAUUUUUUUGGCUUAGUCUAGAGGACCUGUUGAGUUGAUUAAUCAGUUCUUUAUCAAUUUCAUUGACAUUAAUGAUUAAACAGUGGACUCCUCUCUCUCCAGAAUUGUAGCGAACAAGAAAGAUGUACUGGAUGCAAGUGUUUCCUAUGUCAAAGUACAUUGGAAGAUUUUUGAUAAGAAUGCAAGUGUGUUAUC